UGUUAACAAUGAAGUCUGUAACUGUGCUGUUCGCUUUCACCAUGCUCAUUCUCGUUGUGACGAAUGUAAUCGCUGAAGAUACGUGUGAGGAUGCGAAUGAACAGUUUCUCGAGUGUGGUCCUGUGUACCAACUGACUUGCGACUCACUCUAUGAGAAGGACACUGCUAACUGCACUCAAGGGUGCUUCUGUAAACCGAACUACAUUCGAAGUUCGGAAGGCGGACCAUGCAUCCCUACAAACAACUGCCCGUAAUAGGUAGUAGAAUGUCUAUAUUGCAACAGUGUGUUGUAUUAGUGCAGAUAAUAA